UCUCUCUCUAUUUAACCGCGCAAACUCGACGAUGAUCUCCCCUUCCAAGUUCCUAAGAGCUCAAACUCAUUCAAUUUCUCCACCCCUUCUUUCUCAAGUUCCUUCUUCUCAUAUUUAUUGUAUUAUAAACAAAAUGGUUGUGCCUUCACCAACUCCACUCCGAAGCAAAAUAACUCGAGCCCUUGGAAUUCCAGUUAUAGAUCUCAGUCUCGAAAGGUCUAAACUUUCUGAAGUAAUAGUAAAAGCUUGCGAAGAAUUCGGUUUCUUCCAGGUAAUAAAUCAUGGAGUUCCUAAAGAAAUAAUUUCUAGAGUUGAAAAUGAAGGUCGGCAAUUCUUCUCAAAACCUGCAUUUGAAAAGCAACUGGCUGGACCGCCUAGUCCUUUUGGUUAUGGCUGCAAAAAUAUUGGAUUCAAUGGCGACAAGGGUGAGCUUGAAUAUAUUCUUCUUGAAGCUAAUCCUCAAUCCAUUUGCCAAAGAUCUAUCUCCAUCUCCACAAAUCCUCAAAACUUCAGUAGUGCUGUAAAUGAUUACAUACAAGCGACUAGGAACCUGACAUGUGAGAUUCUUGAUUUAGUGGCUGAAGGGAUAUCUGUGGAAGACAAAUCUAUUUUUAGUCAACUCAUUAGAGAUGUAAAUAGUGAUUCAUGCUUCAGAAUUAAUCACUAUCCUUCAGUCAACAUUGAUUCCAUGGAGGAUUGGAACCCAGCCCCCAAAUUGUUUGAGCAUUCAAAAACUCGUAUUGGGUUCGGAGAACAUUCCGACCCUCAAGUAUUGACAAUUUUGAGAUCCAACGAUGUUGGUGGCCUUCAAAUUUGUUCACGAGAUGGUUUGUGGAUCCCUGUUCGUCCAGACUCCAAUCAAUUUUGUGUGUUUGUAGGCGAUGCCUUUCAGGCUUUGACAAACGCAAGAUUUGAAAGCGUGAGACAUAGGGUAGUUGCAAAUGCAAUUAAACCAAGAAUGUCGAUGAUGUAUUUUGCAGCUCCACCCCUAGAUGCAAGCAUAUCUCCCGUGCCAGAAAUGGUCUCUCUGCAAAAUAAAGCUCUCUAUCGAUUUUUUACUUGGGGCGAGUACAAGAAAACUGUAUAUUCCUUACGAUUGGCCGAUCAUCGUCUUGAUCUAUUUACAAACCAAGAUAGUUGAUUUAACACAACUUUUAUGUCGGUUUAUUGAGUGCUGGUGUACCACAUGCAAUUAGGAGUAGGGCAUAUAGGGUUGCACAUGCUUGUACAUGUUGCACAAAGUUUAAAAGGGUGAAGCUAUAUGGGGGUAAAUGUGUGAUUUUAGGUAAGAUGAGAGAAAUUUAGUUUUUGCUCUGGUAUUACCUCGAUUUUUUCAAUUAAAAGAAGAUUUUUUUA